UCCAGCCUCUUCCCCCUCCCGGUUUCCUCCCCCAGCACUGACUCCCACACAGAGAGGUUGGGCCGGGGAAAGGGAAGGAUGGGGAGGGAAUAAGCCAGCAAGAAAAGACCUCGUCAGGAAGUCUGGCGCUUGAGCCGUCCUGGUCUCCUGGCGGGUCCGGACCCACUGGCGUGUUCAGCCACUCGUCGCCUGCACACCUAAUGUUCCGGUCGCGGAGAGCCAGCUUGAUACAACGGCUCUGGAGGCAUCGCAGCGUCGCGGUCGGCCUGGACGACAGCCACGGGGCCCUCAAACCAGCCGCUCAUGCCCUCUUCAAGAAGCUGAAGGACAAGGAGCUGGAGCUGCUGCUGCAGGCGGUGGAGAGCCGGGGGGCCGGCGAGUCCGGCUGCGUCUGGGUAGAGUCACGGGGGGCCAAGCCUGGCCUCCCGGCCUCGCUCCUCCUGUGCCGCCUCUACCGCUGGCCCGACCUGCGCCACCCGCACGAACUCAAACGCCUGAGCUGCUGCACGAGCACCGGGGCCGAGGGCACCGUCCACUGCUGCAACCCGCAUCACCUUAGCCGGCUCAGCGUGCCCGGUGAACCCCCCCCGCCCCCCUAUCGCAAGAGCUCUCCUUUCACCAAGUGCUCCAACACCUUGGACAACAAUCGUAAAGUAUGGCAAGACACAAGCCUCUCCCAGCAGUCCCUCAAAGAUGGCUACUGGUGCAAACUGGCCUACUGGGAGUACCGCUUGAGGGUGGGCCGCCUCUACCCCGUCCACGACGAGUACGUGAACGUCUUCUCCGACCUGCCAGCGGGCAGCGGGUUCUGCGUGGCUCAGCUCACCUCGAGGAACCGCAGCCAGGCGGUCCAGCGGGCCCAGACCAAGUUCGGGCAGGGGCUGCUGCUUAGCCGUGAGGCGAGCGGUGUUUGGGCCUACAACCGCAGCGACCACCCCAUCUUUGUCUGCUCGCCCACCCUGGGGCAUCCAGGCAGCCUCGGCCCGGCGGUUCAGAAGAUCCUUCCUGGAUACUCCAUCAAGGUGUUUGAUUACGAACGGGCCGGCAACCUGGCGGUCGGGAACCAGGGCUUUGGCGACGGCCCCUACGACUCCCACACUAUCCGGAUCAGUUUCACCAAAGGCUGGGGGCCAUGUUACUCCCGUCGGUUCAUCACCUCUUGUCCCUGUUGGAUGGAAGUGCUGCUAAACAUGCCUAGAUGAAGGAAAGUCGGGGUUCCGGGAAGCCAGGAAAAGGGGUUUCUUGAAUGCCCUCCCUCUCUCAGCCCUGGGGAGCUGGGGAAAUAUAUUUAUAUUUAUACUUCCUCCAGCUUCCUUUGGUGGAAAGAGAGAGUCCUAGAAGGUUCCGGUGGCUUUUCCGAAUUAUCGGUUUCUUUAUACAUAUACAGGUUGAGAAGUUAGCAUAGGAGCAAGCCAGCCAGUUAGUAACUUAGUGGUAGUCUUGAGUCAGAACGAAUGCAGGGUCCAAUGAGCUCAGGUGAAGCCCAGUCCGGUUUUCUCCAUCUAGAAGGCCUGUGCUGCAGAUGUAAACCGGUUUCUAUCCCCAAGCCUGGUUUAACUCUCAACAGCCUUCCACUUGAGGUCUCCGGCGAGCGGGGAGCGAUUGUAGUUUUGCUGCCAAAGUGCUCUCAGAGCAUCCUGUCCACAAAACGACAAUUCCCACGGAUGUUCUUUACAAAGCCAAGCUGGUUUCAAACCGGGUUCGGUCAGCUUGUAGUGUAAACGCAGCUGCGGCUUUCAGAAAAGGCCGUUACUGCCACCUCAAGCGGUCUCUCUUUCUCUCUCACUCUCUCAACUUUUUAGGGGAGGGAAGGAGAAAAUAUUUGCAUCCUGAUCUUCUUUCUGCCUGCUCCAAUGUAGGGCACAGGAAAAAAUAUAUUUUUUAAAGGACUGCAAGGGGAGUCCGAGAGCUAAAGUUGAAAAGAUAGCUAAGGAGAUGUUGCUUGGAUGCCAGUCUUAGGAUCUAUAAUGUUUAAGCAAGUUCCCACUCCCGUGCUUUCUCUUUUGCUAUUAGAAUUUAACAUUUAUUUGUAGUGUGCUAGGCUCUGUACGGAGCAUUACUGUAACCCAGUCCUUGCCCAGGAAAGAAACAAUGCAUUCAAGAAACGGGACUGGACAGCAGGGAGAGGUGUUUGUGGAGAUGAAGCUGGGAAAGGGUUUGCAGGAGAGAAAUGUGAGGAUGGCUGUACCAUUUAUAAGGACCUAGACGUGGGGAGAGCUAUACCAUAUAUAAGGAGCAAGAUGUGGGGAAGGCUAUACCAUAUGUAAGGAGUUAGAUGUGGGGAGAGCUAUACCAUAUAUAAGGAGCAAGAUGUGGGGAAGGCUAUACCAUAUGUAAGGAGUUAGAUGUGGUGAGAGCUGUACUAUAAGGAGCAAGAUGUGGGGAAGGCUAUACCAUAUGUAAGGAGUUAGACGUGGGGAGGGCUGUACUAUAUAUAAGGAGCAAGAUGUGGGGAAGGCUAUACCAUAUGUAAGGAGUUAAAUGUGGUGAGAGCUGUACUAUAUAUAAGGAGCAAGAUGUGGGGAAGGCUAUACCAUAUGUAAGGAGUUAGAUGUGGUGAGAGUUGUACUAUAUAUAAGGAGCAAGAUGUGGGGAAGGCUAUACCAUAUGUAAGGAGUUAGAUGUGGUGAGAGUUGUACUAUAUAUAAGGAGCAAGAUGUGGAGAAGGCUAUAUCAUAUGUAAGGAGUUAGAUGUGGUGAGAGCUGUACUAUAAGGAGCAAGAUGUGGGGAAGGCUAUACCAUAUGUAAGGAGUUAGACGUGGGGAGGGCUGUACCAUAUAUAAGGAGCAAGAUGUGGGGAAGGCUAUA